AUGUUUGCUCUCAAGAACUUUUGUACCUUGUCUUUAAAAACUAACAAUUUGAUCAACCGAUGCGCCAAUCUGUCGUCUGCAGUCAGCAAACGUGAAUUGAAGAGGCGAUUGAAAGCCGAGCAAAAGCUGAAAGAAAAGGCUGAAAAAGCCGCGCAAGUUCCCACUCCCGCAGCCGACAAGAAGUCGUCGGCCAAAGCCGAAGAGGAAAUCAGUCCUAAUGAGUAUUAUAAGUUGCGAACUGCAGCUGUUGCAGCUCUUAAAGAGGGGUCUAAGGAAGACCACCCAUACCCUCACAAGUUCCAUGUUACAAUAUCUUUAGAAGAAUUCAUUGAAAAGUACAAUAAUGUCAACAGUGGUGAAGUUCUUGAGAAUGUUACACUCUCUGUUGCUGGUAGAGUUCACUCUAUUAGAGAAUCUGGAGCUAAACUCAUAUUCUACGAUUUGAGAGGUGAAGGGGUUAAAAUUCAGGUUAUGGCUAAUGCUAAAAUGUAUGAGUCUGAAGAAAAGUUUGUUAGUGAUACUGACAAGCUGAGGAGAGGUGACAUUAUUGGAUGUGUUGGCCAUCCUGGCAAGACUAAGAAGGGAGAACUGUCCAUUGUACCAAAAAGUAUUAAGUUGCUAUCUCCAUGCCUACAUAUGCUGCCUCAUUUACACUUUGGUCUUAAGGAUAAAGAAACCAGGUUUAGGAAAAGAUAUUUGGAUCUUAUUUUAAAUGAUAGGGUAAGACAAACUUUCUACACGAGAGCAAGAAUCAUUGCUUAUGUCAGGAGAUUCUUGGACAACCUUGGUUUCCUUGAAAUUGAAACUCCAAUGAUGAAUAUGAUUCCUGGUGGAGCUACAGCCAAGCCAUUCAUUACACAUCACAAUGAUCUCAACAUGGACUUGUACAUGAGAAUAGCCCCGGAACUGUAUCACAAGAUGUUAGUUGUUGGAGGUCUGGACCGUGUCUACGAAAUAGGCAGACAGUUCAGGAAUGAAGGCAUUGACUUGACUCACAACCCAGAGUUCACAACAUGCGAGUUCUACAUGGCAUACGCAGAUUACAAUGACCUCAUCAGUAUAACUGAAACAAUGUUAUCUGGAAUGGUUAAAAGUAUUCACGGCUCCUACAAAGUAAAAUAUCAACCAGAUGGACCAGAAGGUGAAGAAGUGGAGAUUGACUUUACUCCUCCAUUUGCUAGGGUGCCUAUGAUUGCCAGCUUAGAAAAGGCAUUGAAUGUCAAAUUUCCGCCAGCUGAUCAGUUAGAUUCAGCAGAAGCCAACCAACUACUUAGCCAGUUGUGUGAGAAGCAUGAAGUUGAAUGUCCACCACCAAGGACAACAGCGAGACUUCUAGACAAAUUGGUUGGAGAGUUUCUGGAGGAGAAAUGUAUAAACCCCACAUUUAUAUUGGACCACCCCCAGAUUAUGAGUCCCUUGUCCAAGUACCAUAGGGAUAUUCCUGGUUUAACAGAGAGGUUUGAACUCUUUGUAAUGAAGAAAGAAAUUUGCAAUGCAUACACAGAGUUAAAUGAUCCUGCAACUCAAAGAGAAAGGUUUGAACAGCAAGCCAAAGAUAGGGCAGCUGGUGAUGAUGAGACUCCACCCACUGAUGAAGCAUUUUGCACUGCUCUGGAAUAUGGUCUGCCUCCUACUGCUGGAUGGGGCUUGGGCGUUGAUCGUCUUACAAUGUUCUUGACCAAUUCCAACAACAUCAAAGAAGUACUACUGUUCCCUGCUAUGAAACCAGAUGACCCAAACAAACACAAUGCUGAAGGAGAAAAUGCAUCCGCCGAACCUCCAGUUCAAAAUGGAGCCUGA